AUGAUGCGCAUCAAAGAAGCGAUUCAAAGAAAGAAGCUCAUUCAUGAAAUGAACGAAGAGUUCAAGGACAUUGACGAUGCUUUGGGUAAGUCCGUCACAGAGAAAGUCUUGAAGAACAAUUAGAAAAAUGAGAGAAACAUUUAAAAAAAAAAUCUAUGGAUCCAUCCCAAUUUGAGGGUCUUCGCUUCCUGUGGCGCCUUGUCCUUCUCCGGCGCAAAGACGCGAACGGCUUCGAAAUGGCCAGAAAUCGGAAGAUCGUCUUCACGAUUUUGUUCAUUACCUAUCGUUCAAACUCUCCGAUCUACAGGUUUUCCCUUUUUCCUCACAAGUUCCAUCUCACAAGAAAAAUGUGUUCAUUCAUGAAUUCUAACCCUUUUGACUAACCUAAAGGCUGCUCCAAAAUGUGGAAAUUAACGCCCAGGUGGUAUCUAUUCAACGUCAAUUUUUUUCUCAUAAGAAAAAUGAAAAACCCAAACCUAAAUGAACACGCGUCUGGGCAACAGAAACUUUAUAGAGUUUGAAAACAGUUUCAAUUAGCGCCGAUUCGCAAAAAAGUAACCAAGAACUGAAUCGAGUUUUUUUUAUGAUCAGUUGAAAUUGAAGGAAACAAAAUCAUUUGCUUCUAAGUUUUGAUGGCCGACGGUAAAAGAAAAAGUUUUUUUCCAGAAACGAGCUCUGAAAGUGACUUGGCGACGGCUGUCAGAAGCUCCGAAGACGUCGGGAAGAGGCACUUUGCACAUUAUGGAGAAGGUGCUGAACAUGCUCUGCGACAAGGCGCCGGGCGUCAAUUCAAUAUUCUACAAGUCUGCGUUCCUCUCGUGUAUUGAGGACCGCAAGAGCGGCGUCGUUCGCAGUGGCUCAAUAGCCACGAUUCGGUAUCUAUCUUCAGAAAAAUCGUCACUUCUAAUAGCGAGAUUCAGGGACCACGCUCACAUCCUUAUCAAGCUUAUUGAUGACGUUCUACAUGUCAUGUUCGACGGACCGUUGGAAAAUGCUCCUUACGAUCCGGAUAUGAUAGGUGUGGCCUCUACGUGAAAAAAAGAAACAUUAAUUAUUUGCCUGGAUAACAAAAAAAAAAGUUGCCUUCUAGCGAUAAGAGAGUGAAUUUUCCUUAAUUCCUUUAUAAAAACGGGCAAGUCCAAAUUUUCUUUUUUUUUCCAUUGUAUAGUCCAUUCUCGAUAAAGUGAAGUAAUCGGAUUUUUCCUUUCUUUUUUCUCGAUGAUGUGGGCGUAGAUGAUCCAGUUUUUCUAUACCCUCGCCAGUAAGAAUAAAGAGUAGAAGACAGGUCAGAAUGAUUAAUUAAUAAGGUUUUAGAGAAUAAUUUUUACAAUUUUCCGAAUAAUCCGUUGCAAAGAGAUCCUAUGUUUCUCUCAAUUAUUCUUCGAUUUCGUGUUUAUUCCAGGAGCCGCUCAUUGCCGUCUAGGACCUUUAGGCUUUGAUCGCAGCAUGUGGAACGUGUUUGGAGAGUGCUUUGCUGAGGUUGGUGGUCCAAUAUUUUACGGGAAAUGAGAAAACUGAUAUUCGGUGAAUAUCGCCCCUGAAAAACAUCCGCCGUCAUUUGUAUUAGAUUAGCCUAGCAACCAGAGCAUUAAUUUUUUUGGGAAAGAGAGUUAAAAGAUAUUCUUAAAAAAUUUUUUGGUAAAAAUUUUUCAUUUUUAUGGAAGUAAGAAUGAGUCAGACAAUUGUUUAUUUUUUACUUCUGAAGUUUGCACAACUGAUAUUUGAUCCGAAGAACACAGGUGAUGUUCAUGCAAGAAUGCAUACGGGCGUAUCCACAGGCUCCCUCGGCUUGGAGUUUCUUCGCCGUCGCCAUGACAGACAAAAUGUUCGCUUCGAGCAAGGCUGUCAAUUCACAUUCCGUCCGUUUUCGGCAUCGGAAUAAGAGGAAUCUUUUUCAUUUCAGCCUCUGCCAGUGAGAACAGAAAUCAAGGUGUCGAAAACCGUACUCGGACGUGUCCAAUCGGCGGCUGAAGUCGGUCGUCCUCCAUGGAGAAUCCAAACGAAGAGCGACUCCACCGUUUCCAGUGACGCGGUCAUGCAGCGGUUUCCCGCCAACCAGAUUGUUGCAAUCUUCGAAAAGUAUUGAAUGGGAUGAAGAUGUUUCCAGACGGACAAAGGAGAAAGUGAAAAGGAGCAGAAGCCGCGGGAAGGUUUCGAAGGAACAUCGAGAUCCAUUCCGUCGACGCCCCGACUCAUACAUCAAGUCAAAACCAAUCAUUCUGCGGAUAGUGCUUGGUAGUUUUUUUGAAUAAUGAAUCGAAAAGCUCAGAAUUCUGUCAAAAUUACUGAAUAUAUUGUAAUGUGAUAUGUUUACGUUUUAAUUGUGAAAAUUCUAUAAUUAUAUGAUCAUUUCUCUUUAUUCAUAAAUUUGUAACGAACUUUAUUUUUCCUAUUUAGUAUUCAUUUCUUUUUCUAUUCGAAAUUCUGUAACAAACUCAAAUUUUCAGUUUGUUGGGCGAGUACACGGAAGUGCGCGAAACGGCGAUCGAGGCGCCGACGUGUCCUUACUCAGAAGUCCGGCAUCGACAGCUCCGACGGCUUCCUUCACUUUUGUCCCCGAAUGUCUUAGAAAAACCAAAAUUCUUAAGGUCCAAGUCGGAGGCGCGAAUUCGGUAUGAAAACUCGUUGAAAACGACUAUUGUUUGA